AUGGGGAAGUUCAUGAGGAAGUCGAAGACAACAGGAGAGCGAGCCCUCGUGGAAGCCUCUCUAGGCGUACGUACAAGGGCCAAAACCCUAGCUUUGCGACGUCUCAAGAAAUCCGCGGCUGCACCGCUCUCUACGGCGGCAGCGGUGGCGGACUCCGAUGGGUCCUACCUUCAGCUCAGAAGUCGACGGCUAGAAAAACCCCAAAUCGUUGUGGCCAACAUCGAUGCAAAAAGACAGAGACAGCAUCCAAAACAGAGCAAUUUGCCAAACCCUAGGCAAGAAAAGGUAAACCAAAACCCUAGUUCUAAAACGAGUUCGAGGUUGAGAGUUGGGUCUUCUGCCAAUUCUGGGUCUUUUGGCGAAGAAAAUGGUUGCAUGCAGGCGGAGGACAAGAUGGUGGGUAAAGAGGAGGGUUGUUUGGAUACAGAUAAUCAAGAAAUUGACAACAAAGAAGAGAGUGGUGAUAGGGUUCUUGAAGCUUCUUUCGGAGAGAAUAUGUUCGAAUUUGAAGGUAGAGAGAGUCCUCCCUUUCCCUUCCGGAAAAAGAGCUCCUAA